AAGAAGCGCAGCUACUCACGAAAUGGCUGUAUCCAGUGCAAGAAGAGGAAAUUCAAAUGCGACGAACACAAGCCGACCUGUUAUAACUGCAUCAAUGCAAACAAAGAGUGUUCGUACCGCCAGAUCCUCAAGUUCAAAGACUCACGCUCGUUCACCAUUGAAGGCUCCAUGCUUUCAAGGGUAGGGAAGCUGAAAAAGGACACAAAACUGACCAAAAUCAUUCCAUCGGUUGGCCUCUGUGGGCCGCUGACUUCGGCGAUAGACGCAAGUCCGACAAUGACAGCAGCAACAGCAGCAACGAAGAAAACCACAAUUCCUGUUUCCAAACCCUCUGUAGAUCGGUUUUUGGAUAUACUUCCGCAAGUGACGAACCCUGCCUCAGAAAACCUAAGCACGAAUGUUCAGUCUCCGCUUUUGUCACUGCCUCAAUCUAGCAAUACUCCGGGCAUACUAUCUCAAAUUGAUCUCGAAAAUUCCCUCUUCAGUGGUGCAACUAAUUUGAUCACGGAUUUGAAUGGCUUGAUCAACUCUUUAGAAAUAGACUUCAACACUCUAGAUUUUCAAACUGGACAUCUUCUUCCCAAAUCUAGUGGUGAUUUAUCCAUUCUGUCAAAUUAUGGAACCUCCAGGUCGUUUUUCAAGCAAUAUUCUCACGAAAAUUCAAAGGCUUUUCCUCAUCCAAAUUUACAAUCCCUUGUGCCAUUCGAUUACAUUACGAUGCUCAACAAAACACUGAACACUAAAGACUUAGAGCUAUUGGCAUCAUUCUUCAACUGGGGAUUGAACUCGUCACAUGUAAAAUAUUUGAAAAUUUUUGUCACACACAUUCAUCUUAAUAUUAUUCCCUUCUCAACAAAUUAUGCACACAACGCAUAUCUUAGAAUUUUCUUGCAACAAGCUAAACAUUCUCCUCACUUACUAUUUGCUAUACUAGCUAUAUCAGCAAGAUUUGAAGUCUAUCAAAUUGAGCAACGCUCAGAUUUACCAAAUUAUGAAGAAAAACUGAACUAUCACCGAACAUUUCGAACAUAUUACCUAUCCUCUUGUUUGCGUUCGCUUGAAUCUGUUCUACAUUCAAAACAGACAACUUUGAACAAUAUUGAGUCCUUACUUUUGACCAUCCAAGUUCUAGCUUCUGACUUUUCUGGUCAUAAAGGUUCGCAAUGGAGAACUCAUUUGCACGGUGCAAAAGAUCUAUUGGUUAAAUACUGCAGAUACCGUCCACUUUCCUUAGAGUUAACUAUUGUUUGGUUAUGGUUUUAUUCGAUGGAAGUGUUGGCAGCAUUAACUGCCCCCCAUGGAGGUACAAUACAUAAUUUUGACGAAAUGGAUGAGUUCCUUCCAUUAACAAAUGCACUAGUCCAUUUCGGUAUAGUAGUUGAUGGAAAAUUGGAGUCCGAUAUUCCCUCCAGGUUCAACAUGUAUUUGGGAUACGAUGAGACCAUACUGGAAGUUUUCAAUGCACUAGUGUACACAAUUGAAUGCAUAAGAGGUAAAGAUAAUGUACCCAAAUGUCAAAAAUUUGAGAUUUACGAGAGAAAAAUAUUAGAUAGCCAAGGGAAAAGCUUGAAUUCCAACUUUCUGCUUUCAUUAUUUGCGCUCAUAAAAAAAGCUCGGACUUUUACGUACAUGAAUAAUGAGCCACCCUACAUUGUUCCUUUAGGUAAAGGCCUUCACCCAUCUGAAAUCAUAAAAAAAGCGUUUACGGAAAAAGACAAUUCGAAUUUCUCAAAUGCCGCAGAUGUAAAAGAAGAAAACAAAAAUUCUGAUGAUCAUGAGAAAGAAAUAUAUUUUUCAUGGGUAGAUUUGUCCCAACAACUCAAUGCCGAUGCAGCGUUCUUGAGAUUACUUACAUUACAUGGCGGAGUUUCUGCAUAUGGCCUUGGAAUCAAGUCUUCGUUGGUACAAGACGUUGUAAGCAGAAUGAUAGUUGGACUGUAUGGCCUGGUUCGAUUUAGAGAAGAAGCUGCAGAAGAGAUUGAUAAAAAUUAUACCGACUAUCAAUUCGAUAAUAGGUUGGUGAUGGUACAAUGGCCAUUAUACGUUUGCGGCUUGUGUUGUAUCGAGCCACGACAUAAAGCAGUAAUUGAGUGUUGCUUUUCUGGACUCAUUGAUUUGGGUGUUGGCAGUGGUGAAUUGAGUCUGAAGAAGUUGCGCAAGAUCUGGACGCUGCAAAAACUUGGACGGUUUGACUUUGAAAAGUUCAACCUUUUCGGA